AUGAUUGAAGCUUUCUUUACGCUGUUCAAGGCCGAGCUGCCUAUUCACUUGCUCCAGUCUGGGCAAUUUCUUGCUGUUGAAGGUCGAGCGAGCAUUAUGGAAGCGUUUCGCGGUUGGAUGGAGAAAAGGACCGGGAUGAGGCCGCGCUCGGUGAGACCAGAAGAUCUGCGUCUUGUCCCUGAUGCUACUUCGGAAACUGGCUAUGCUCUUUACUGUACCCGGCCUGCCAGUGAACUAGCUUCAUCUGAUUGCCAAGAGACGGAGGUGCUAGAAAAGAUCCAUCAAGCGGGUCUUCAGAUGACAGGGGAUGAUUAUUCGGCCCUGGCACCCGGCAUGCGCCGCUAUUUGGCGCUCCACGGGGCCAAUGACACCCGCAGCAGAUACAUCGUUCACGACAAACGUAUUCUGGGAAUUGUCCACCAAGAACUGGAUGACUUGGUUACCAAACAUCGUGUCUUAACAGAGGCCCAAGCUACUCUCCUUCGGGCUCGAAUCGUGCCUACAAUCAUACCAGGUUCGCGGGAAUCAAAUCAGCUGCUUGAGUUGUACCGCCAAGGGAAAGUCUCCAAGGAUGACUUCAUUAUUAAGCCGGCACGGGGGGCCAGGGGACAGGGGAUAAAGUUUGGCGAUGAGCUAGAGACUUCGGCGUGGGAGAAAGUUCUUGACGAUUUACAGAAGCCAGGGCUGAGUUUGGAUAGAGUGACAUACGUUAUCCAGCGGAUUGUCAAGCAAGUAGAGGAAGAUUUGUUUUUGGAUGAGGAGAUUGGCGUGCAAAGGUGUCAACGAGUGGCGACCUACUACUCCCUGAAUGGUGAAUUCUUCGGACUGGGAGCGUGGAGGACCGUAGUUUCGAGUGACCGAGUUUGCAACAUGGCGACUGGAAAGGCCUGGAAGAUGGGAAGUGUGCUCUCGUCACACGAAUGA